GCGGCCGCCGCCCGCCCGCCGCGCGUUCGCCUGACCGCGGCACCCGCCCGGCCGCCCCCGCCCGUCCCCGGCCGCCCCCGGCCGCGAUGCCCGCCCCCCGGGGCCCCGGCGGCCCGCGCCCCUGCUAGGCUGCGGCGGCAUGGCUCGCGCGCCCGGCCCGACCUCUGCGGAUUGCAUCGGUGUGCGGCGGCAGGGCAUGCCCAGGGCACCGGGCACGGCCUUCAAUGGGCGAGGACACGGACACGCGGAAAAUUAACCACAGCUUCCUGCGGGACCACAGCUAUGUGACUGAAGCCGAUAUCAUCUCUACUGUUGAGUUCAACCACACGGGAGAGCUGCUGGCCACAGGUGACAAGGGUGGCCGGGUCGUCAUCUUCCAGCGGGAGCCAGAGAGUAAAAAUGCACCUCACAGCCAGGGCGAGUAUGACGUCUACAGCACUUUCCAGAGCCAUGAGCCAGAGUUCGACUAUCUCAAGAGCCUGGAGAUAGAGGAGAAAAUCAACAAGAUCAAAUGGCUGCCACAGCAGAAUGCCGCCCACUCCCUGCUCUCCACCAACGACAAAACCAUCAAACUGUGGAAGAUUACCGAACGAGAUAAGAGGCCCGAGGGCUACAACCUGAAAGAUGAGGAAGGGAAACUGAAGGACCUGUCCACCGUGACGUCACUGCAGGUGCCCGUGCUGAAGCCCAUGGACCUGAUGGUGGAGGUGAGCCCGCGGAGGGUCUUCGCCAAUGGCCACACCUACCACAUCAACUCCAUCUCCGUCAACAGCGACUGCGAGACAUACAUGUCAGCAGACGACCUGCGCAUCAACCUCUGGCACCUGGCCAUCACCGACCGCAGCUUCAACAUCGUGGACAUCAAGCCGGCCAACAUGGAGGACCUCACGGAGGUGAUCACGGCGUCCGAAUUCCACCCGCACCACUGCAACCUGUUCGUCUACAGCAGCAGCAAGGGCUCCCUGCGCCUGUGCGACAUGCGGGCGGCCGCCCUGUGUGACAAGCACUCCAAACUCUUUGAGGAGCCCGAGGACCCCAGCAACCGCUCCUUCUUCUCCGAAAUCAUCUCCUCUGUGUCCGAUGUGAAGUUCAGCCACAGCGGCCGGUACAUGCUCACCCGGGAUUAUCUCACCGUCAAGGUCUGGGACCUGAACAUGGAGGCGAGGCCCAUCGAGACCUACCAGGUGCACGAUUACCUCCGGAGCAAGCUCUGCUCCCUGUACGAGAACGACUGCAUCUUCGACAAGUUCGAGUGCGCCUGGAACGGGAGCGACAGCGUCAUCAUGACCGGGGCCUACAACAACUUCUUCCGCAUGUUCGACCGGAACACCAAGCGGGACGUGACCCUGGAGGCCUCGCGGGAGAGCAGCAAGCCCCGGGCCGUGCUCAAGCCGCGGCGCGUGUGCGUGGGCGGCAAGCGCCGGCGAGACGACAUCAGCGUGGACAGCUUGGACUUCACCAAGAAGAUCCUGCACACGGCCUGGCACCCGGCCGAGAACAUCAUCGCCAUCGCGGCCACCAACAACCUGUACAUCUUCCAGGACAAGGUGAACUCCGAGAUGCGCUAGGUGUG